GAAAAACUAGCUAAUGGAGAAUUCGACCACUCCUUCUGGAAGAAGGGUAUGUUCUGGCAUGACAAGAAGCAUUACGAACCACCAUACGAGUUCUUCUUGUCGAAAUCACCCCUGGAAGGAGACAAGCCUCUGUCUAAAGAUUGGCAGUACUACAAAAAGGUUUGCGAUUAGUCCGUAUGAGCUUUCAUUUGUAGCAGUUGUCCAUAUCUCAUUUGUUCACUCAUUAGUGUUUGUCCUUCCUAGAAUCUGCUGUCAUCAAUUCAUGAGCUCUAUUUAA